AUGAAGGGUACAGUCUCAGUCUGCUGUUUCCUCACCCUGCUACUUUUGCAGGCCACAGCAGAAGAGGAAGAUUAUACAUCCGUCCUCAGAGACAGAUCUCACAUUGAUGAGACGCUGCGGCUUGCUACUGAGGAAAAAGCAGCAGAUUAUGCAGCGGCUCUAGAAAAGUUACGGAAGAUCUACCAUACGUCCAUCAAGCCGAUGGAACAGGCCUACAAGUAUAAUGAACUAAGGCAACAUGAGAUCUCAGCAUACCCCGGACGAACCCUGGGGGACUCAGCCACAGAUGGAGAAAUUACCUCCAAGCCCAUGGUGCUGUUCCUUGGACCCUGGAGCGUAGGAAAGUCCUCCAUGAUCAAUUACCUCCUGGGCUUGCAAGACAGCCCCUACCAGCUCUACACAGGAGCUGAGCCCACUACCUCUGAGUUUACUGUUAUAAUGCACGGGGAGAAGAUUCGCUCUGUUGAGGGUAUUGUUAUGGCAGCAGACAGUUCUCGCUCCUUCUCGCCUCUGGAAAAGUUUGGGCAAAACUUCCUGGAAAAGCUGAUAGGCAUUGAGAUGCCUCACAAGCUGCUAGAACGUGUAACAUUUGUGGACACACCAGGAAUCAUUGAGAACCGGAAGCAACAGGAAAGAGGUUAUCCUUUCAAUGAUGUUUGCCAAUGGUUCAUUGAUCGAGCAGACCUGAUCUUUGUGGUGUUUGACCCCACCAAGCUGGAUGUUGGUCUAGAGCUGGAGAUGCUCUUCCGACAGUUGAAAGGGCGCGAGUCACAGAUCCGGAUCAUCCUCAACAAGGCUGACAACCUGGCCACCCAGGACUUAAUGAGAGUCUAUGGAGCACUCUUUUGGAGCUUAGCUCCCCUCAUCAAUGUAACUGAACCCCCUCGAGUCUAUGUCAGCUCCUUCUGGCCAUAUGAUUAUGCACCUGAUACCAGCCGUGAGCUCUUUAAGAGAGAGGAAAUCUCUCUCCUGGAAGAUCUUAACCAGGUGAUUGAAAAUCGUAUGGAGAACAAAAUUGCCUUCAUUCGCCAGCAUGGCAUCCGCGUACGCAUCCAUGCCCUGCUAGUAGACCGCUACGUCCAGACCUUUAAAGAGAAAAUGAGCUUCUUCAGUGACCCUGAACUAGUAUUCCAAGAGAUUGUGGAUGAGCCAGACAAGUUCUAUAUUUUCAAAUCCAUCCUAGCCAAGACCAACGUCAGCAAAUUUGACUUGCCCAACCGAGAUGCUUACCGUGACUUCUUUGGCAUCAACCCAAUCACCAACUUCAAGCCCCUGUCAGCUCAGUGCUCCUACAUUGGAAGCUGCCUGCUGGAUAAGAUUGAGAAGGCAAUCACCAAUGAGCUGCCCGCUCUUCUGAGCAGCAUUAACUCAGGCAAGCAGCCGGGCCUGUCGUCCUGCGAGGCUACUGGCUGUGGUGAAAAGCCAAAGAAUCGUUACCGAAAGAACUGAGGAACAUCAAAUAACUUGUGUUGAGGAAGUGGAGACAGAGGGGGUGAAGAGAAUGGGUCUGGUGGAAACCAACUCUUCUUUUGUCAGAACACUUGUAUUGUUGAGGAGACAGGAGACAAGAUUAAAGCGUAUUGUUUUUUUUUUUUCCUCAGGAGUGUAAGGGAAGGUGGAUUAGGGGACUGUGAGAAUGAUGCAGGUAGUGGGAGGGAGGGCACUGAUAAGGCAGCUUAAGGACACAAGUGCUGAACAAAUGAGAACAUGCCACUGAUCACAGAGUUUUGUUAAAACACACACCCUCCUUUCUCCCUAGCACAACUACAUUGGACUGUCUGGGACUGUGGGGUUGGGAAAAUAUUGAUGUGAAGAACCAGUAAAAUUAAAUAAUAAAAGGCAAAUCGUGAGACUGAAACAGUCCAAAACCAGCUCCCUUGUAUGUGAAUAAAACAGGAAAAGUGGAAACACAAAACUGAGUUUUUACGUGAAUUACGUGAAUUGCAUUGCAACGAAUCAUUUCCACAAGCUUCAGAAGUUGUUUUUGCAAUAGUCAUUUUGUGGGUGCUAUACAAAGCUUUUGUGUUUAGCUGAUCAUCCAAACCUUUUCUUUGAAAAUAGAUUAUCUUUGCAUGUUAGUAACACAUUCUAUUUACCAGAUGCAUGUGUUGUUUUUUUUCUCUUUUUCUAACACAAACAAGUUAAUUUCCUCUUACAAUGUUUCUGAAACCUGAACCAGUCCUGCCGUGCAACAAAUAUGUCAUUUUUUCUCUUAGUUUUGGUUGUUGACGGUUUGUGAAAAAGCAGAGGUCAGGGUUCAUGGGUAGGAGUCUUCAGAGCAGAGAGGGUAUGUUCAUUCUGCUUCACUUCUUAACUGUUCUUACUGUGUUUUUUUGAGUCUAUAAAUUUGCCAGUCUUUGGCAAAAAUUUAGUACUGUGUUAAGAGUUAUUAUUUCCUUCAAUGAUAAGCUAGCUAGCUUUUUUUUCUUAGCUGAGAGACCAUAAAAAAGACACAGUGACUGAUGUGCUUGAGUUAUAGCUCUCAUUAUCCAUUUAUCCUACCAUUUCUUCUGUGUGCUUGAAAGAUUUUUAUUGUUUUUUGUCUGUAUACCUCUUCCAAAUUAAACUGAACUGGAUUGUGUAGGUGAACUGAAAAAAACUUUGGCAUAAAUUUGAAACAUCCUCUGCAAGUUUGUGAUGGUGGAUCAUUGUCACGGGGAAUUUUAGAACUUGCAAACAGUGGGAUGAAAGCAAGAGUAAACUGGAGGACUCGUGAGUUGACCCCUGACCUCUACAGAAGUAAGGCAACCCCAAAUGCUGAUCUUUCCCCAGUUCUGAUAAAAACUGAUACAAAGCUGCCAAAGCUCAUGUAGCAUACCUCAAAGAAUUUCCAAGAAGUAUAGCAAGAAAAUUGCUUAAGUUAUGUCAUCAGCUUUGGGAAUACACUUAUCUGACAAUGGACAUUUUUCACAACUUCCAGAAUACUUGUUUGAGUUUUUUAUGUUUUAAAGGAACUGUGCAUAUAUAACAUAAAUAUGCAAGAUUACAACAAGGCUAAUUUACAUCCCUAGUCCCACUGCAGGCCAAUCCAAUAAAAUAACAAUAGGAAUAAUAAUGGAGGGAGAUUAAGGUGCACAAUACCAACAUGAGUAAUAAUAAGGAAAUAAGAACAAAAUAAGAAUGUUAUAGAUUCAAGACCAGAGGGAGUACCCCUGGAAACUGUCACUGUUAAGACUAGUUGUUCAGGUGUCUAAUGUGUACAUUUUGAGCUUUGGUUUUUGAUUGGAUAAAUAUGUAAGAUUUAAUAUGAUAAGAUUAGAUUUUAAUGUGGUUUUAAAAAUAUAUUGUUCUUCUUACAGAAUUGGACUAACUCUCCAGUAUUUGUGCUAGGAUACACGAUUAGCCUGGUCGCUGCCUCAUAUUUAUUACGCAGACAUUAAUCAGAGGUUCGCAUCCUCUCAUCCUGUUCAGCAAGAAAACCAUUGACUGCAAUUCCCAAAAUGCCAAAGAGUCCUCUAAACACCAAGCCCUAGUUAGUCAAAGAAAAUGUUGAUAUUGAAACAAGAACUCCCCCAAAGCAUGGACUUGAUCCAUGCACACUCAUACACUUCUAUGUCCCCCAUGCCUUUCCCGCACUAACCCCUUCACUGCUUUCCCCAUCUAAACUCCUAGGCAUGAUGAAGAUAACUAUAAAAGAUAACACAAAAAAAGACUCUUUUUCAUACAUUUGAGUGUGUUCCACUGGGUGUGCAUGUUUACACUGCAGAUCCAGGGUAUGCCCACAAGAAGGUGCUGUGUAAAAGAGUAAAGUAUGGUAAAGGAUACAGCUGCCUCAAUAACAACAUGGCAGAAGUUUUAUAAAGGGGGCAAACACUUGGGAUUCAUGA